AUGAACGACCGGUACCACCGGGCGGCCCGGGACGGCUUCCUGGACGUCCUGAAGGAGGCCACGCGGAAGGAUCUGAACGCCCCGGACGAGGACGGGAUGACUCCGACCUUAUGGGCCGCUUACCACGGAAACCUGGAGGCGCUCCGGCUCAUCGUGGGCAGAGGAGGAGAUCCAGACCGCUGUGACAUCUGGGGCAACACUCCGCUUCAUCUGGCCGCCGCCAACGCUCACCUCAACUGUCUGUCCUUCCUGGUGGCCUUCGGUGCCAACGUGUGGUGUCUGGACAACGACUACCACACACCCUUGGACAUGGCCGCCUCCAAGGGCCACAUGGACUGCGUCCGCUACCUGGACUCCAUCGCCGCCAAGCAGAUCACCCUCAACGCGAAGCUGGUCAGCAAGCUCAAAGACCGGGCGUUUCACGCCGCGGAGCGUCGCAUCAAGGACUGCGAGAAGCUCCAGAGGAAGCACCACGAGCGAAUGGAGAGGAAGUUCAUGAAGGAGUCUGCGGGUUUCGACAACAUGGACGCCAUCAGCUUCUCCAGCUACACCAGCAGCAGCACGCUGAGCCGCAAGUUCAACACCGUCACCUCCAACAUGCCAUACUCACAGGCCACCCUGCAUUCGACAGCCAAGGGCAAAGCCAAGAUACAGAGGAAACUGGAGAAGAAGAAGGUUGAUGGGACGUUUAAGAUCUACGAGGACGGGAGGAGGAGUGUACGCUCGCUGUCCGGACUGCAGCUGGGAAACGAUGUCAUGUUCCUCAAACAAGGCACCUACGCCAGCCCCAAGGAGCGCACUCGUCUCAACAUCCGGGACAUGUUCCCCAGAGACAUGGACGAUGACGUUGAGACCGUCUCCCGUGCCAUGAGCGACCCAGGUCUCUACGAGGCUGCGUUUUCAGAAAUCAGCGCUGACUCUGGGCGUGAUUCUCUGUUCACCCGCCCCGGGCUCGGCACCAUGGUGUUCAGGAGGAACUAUAUGACGGCUGGCAUGUUUGGGAUCGGAGGACGGAACGAAGGAAGCGUGGCGGGAAGCGAACCCAUCGGCCGAGCGCCUAACGUCCGCCUGCGUGGACGGCUGCCCCGACGCGCCUCCAGCUUUGAUGAGGACAGCAUUGGCAGCGCCUACAGCCUGCAGGAAAAAAACCUGCAGGAGCUGCCCUGGGAAGACGUGGACGUUGGGCUGGACGAGGACAUGGAGCCUGAACACAAUCCUCUGGAGACGUUCCUGGCCUCUCAGGGCCUCGGAGAGUUCAUGUCCAUUUUCCUUCGGGAAAAGAUCGACCUGGAGGCUCUGCUGCUCUGUUCAGAACAGGACUUGACGAGCAUUCACAUCCCCUUGGGCCCCAGAAAAAAACUGUUGGACGCCUGUAAGAGACGAUUGGACACGCUCGAGGAACCAGAUGCUAUUGAAGACACCGAGCUUUGACUUUCAGGCUGUUUCAUAUUUUAACAUAUUACAACAUAUUUUGUUUUAUUAGAAAAGUAUCAUCA